UCCGUCCGGGGUCAGUCAGUCGCUCCCUGUCGCUGCGGGAGUCUCUGCUUCCCCCUUCCUACCCGCUCCGCGGCGGUAGCUCAGGCUCUUCGGGGAGGGGGAGACGGAGAGAGAGAGAGAGACUGACUUAAUAAAGUUUCCUGAAACAACAACUACUACCAAAAAAGGCCCAAGGUGGGGGGGGACCCCCAUUCUUCCCCGCCCUCUCCAAAAGCCUGAGGGACCGUUGCAGGUGGAGCGGCGCUGGGGGGAGCCGGGCUCCGGCGGCAGCCGUUGCCCCGGCGAGGGGCGCCCAGGUCCUGCCCGCUGUGGUUCCGGCUCCUUCGGUGGCGGCUGCGGCUUCUGCGGGGCGGUUCCUCCUGUCAACUGCCUGCGCCCGCGCGCCACCCGCCCGCCCAGCUCCACAGCGCGGAGGGACGCCGUGAGCCGCCGCCUCCGUCGCCGUCGCCUCGGGCCGCGGAGGGACGUGGUGAGCUGUGGCGCUUCCGCGUCAGCGCCGGCGGGGACUCUUUGGGAGCGCGUCGGGCCCGAACCCCGGUUCCCUUCGCGUGGUCCGCCGAGGCUGCGCCAGGUGGGGCCCGAAGCCGCCUCCCACGCCAGGCUGUCCCCGCGGCUGCCCGGCCUGCCUUCCUUCCUUCCGCCUGCCCGCCGGCCCGCCCUAGGAGUUAACCAAGCCGCAAUGAAGAGCUUCUUACAGUGAAAGGAAAGUAGGUCUCGCCCACUGAAAAUGCCUUUAAGGGACAAAUACUGUCAGACUGACCACCAUCAUCACGGAUGCUGUGAACCAGUUUAUAUCCUGGAACCUGGAGAUGCUCCUUUGUUACAGCAACCACUACAGACAUCCAAAUCUGGUAUUCAGCAAAUAAUUGAGUGCUUUCGAUCAGGAACUAAACAACUUAAGCAUAUUUUAUUAAAAGACGUGGACACUAUUUUUGAAUGCAAAUUAUGCCGCAGUCUCUUCAGAGGAUUACCAAAUUUAAUUACCCAUAAAAAAUUCUACUGCCCACCAAGUCUCCAGAUGGAUGACAACCUUCCUGAUGUAAAUGAUAAACAAAGUCAAGCCAUAAACGAUCUCCUAGAAGCCAUAUAUCCAAGUGUGGACAAGCGAGAAUAUAUUAUUAAGCUAGAACCCAUAGAAACUAAUCAAAAUGCAGUGUUUCAGUAUAUUUCAAGGACUGAUAAUCCUACUGAAGUCACAGAGUCAAGCAGUACUCCUGAACAAACCGAAGUUCAAAUACAGGAAACUAGCACUGAACAGUCUAAAACAGUACCAGUUAUAGAUACAGAGGUGGAAACUGUAGAGCCCCCUCCUGUUGAGAUUGUUGCAGAUGAAGUUGCACCUACAUCUGAUGAGCAACCUCAGGAAUCACAGGCUGACUUGGAAACUUCUGACAAUUCUGAUUUUGGUCACCAGUUGAUAUGUUGUCUUUGUAGAAAAGAAUUCAAUUCCAGACGAGGCGUUCGUCGUCACAUUCGAAAAGUACACAAGAAAAAGAUGGAAGAACUAAAAAAGUACAUUGAAACACGAAAGAAUCCAAACCAGUCCUCUAAAGGACGCAGUAAGAAUGUUCUAGUUCCAUUAAGUAGGAGUUGUCCAGUAUGUUGUAAAUCAUUUGCUACAAAAGCGAAUGUAAGGAGGCAUUUUGAUGAAGUUCAUAGAGGACUAAGGAGGGAUUCAAUUACUCCUGAUAUAGCAACAAAGCCUGGGCAACCUUUGUUCCUGGAUUCUGUUUCUCCUAAAAAAUCUUUUAAGACUCGAAAACAAAAGUCGUCUUCAAAGGCUGAAUACAAUUUAACUGCAUGCAAAUGCCUCCUUUGCAAGAGGAAAUAUAGUUCACAAAUAAUGCUUAAAAGACAUAUGCAAAUUGUCCACAAGAUAACUCUUUCUGGAACAAACUCUAAAAGAGAGAAAGGCCCUAAUAAUACUGCCAGCAGUUCAGAAAUAAAAGUUAAAGUUGAACCAGCAGAUUCUGUAGAAUCUUCACCCCCUUCCAUUACCCAUUCUCCACAGAAUGAAUUAAAGGGAACAAAUCAUUCAAAUGAAAAAAAGAACACACCGGCAGCACAGAAAAAUAAAGUUAAACAAGACUCUGAAAGCCCUAAAUCAACUAGUCCGUCUGCUGCAGGUGGCCAGCAGAAAACCAGGAAACCAAAACUUUCAGCUGGCUUUGACUUUAAGCAACUUUACUGUAAACUUUGUAAACGUCAGUUUACUUCCAAACAGAACUUGACUAAACACAUUGAGUUGCACACAGAUGGGAAUAACAUUUAUGUUAAAUUCUACAAGUGUCCUCUUUGCACUUAUGAAACUCGUCGGAAGCGCGAUGUGAUACGACAUAUAACUGUGGUUCAUAAAAAGUCAUCCCGCUAUCUUGGGAAAAUAACAGCCAGUUUAGAGAUCAGAGCUAUAAAGAAGCCCAUUGAUUUUGUUCUAAAUAAAGUGGCAAAAAGAGGCCCUUCGAGGGAUGAGGCAAAACAUAGUGAUUCAAAACAUGAUGGCACUUCUAACUCUCCUAGUAAAAAGUAUGAAGUAGCUGACGUUGGUAUUGAAGUAAAAGUCACAAAAAACUUUUCUCUUCACAGAUGCAAUAAAUGUGGAAAGGCAUUUGCCAAAAAGACUUAUCUUGAACAUCAUAAGAAAACUCAUAAGGCAAAUGCUUCCAAUUCACCUGAAGGAAACAAAACCAAAGGCCGAAGUACAAGAUCUAAGGCUCUUGUCUGAUAACUUCAAGUGAUGUACGAAAAGGUUUGGAGUUCAUUUUUGUGGAAAGACUUUAAAUUGGUGUUAGAACCACUAAACGUCUUCAAAUGGUACUAUGAGAAAAAAAGGAAAAACAUUUUCAUAAAUAUUCGACUGUAACUGCUGUUUUCUGACUAAAAUAAUAACCAUCUAACCACUUGUUUCUAAGGCACUGCCUCUUCCAGCACUUUCAAGUAGCUGUGACAUUACAUAUUGUCAUCACAGUCCAUCAGCUAACCACCCUUGACCUUGUGCAUUUGGUCUGCAGUUCCUACAAAAAUGUUGCAAAUUUUGUUUUCCAAACAAUUUGUUGAUUAAAGCGAUCAACAACCUGAAGAAUAUAUCACCACUGGUGAUUUUUAAUUGACAGAGACUUUAUAUCUUAGUGACUUUAGUUUUGUUUCACUUUAUUUGGCAAAAUUUUCAUCUGAAUUGUACAGAUCUAUUUCCUAGUGAGUGUAUGUUAGGACCAAAAGAGAAAUUAGUAUCAACAUAUUAUAAAUAUUUAGCCUACUAAGUAUUUGUAAUUAUUUUUACAUUCAUUUAUUUCUAACUUGUUCUCCAGCACUUAAAUGUUUGAAAGUUUCAUUCUAAAAUAUAUUCAGCAGAAAGUUCCAGUUCAUUUUCGUCCAUGGAUCAUUAUUUUUAUUUGUCAACAUCUGAGGUUUUUAUGAAAAUUAAACAUUCCCCUUUUUUUCUUUAAAUUUUAUACAAAGCACUUUAAUAAUAGAUGCAACUUAAUUUUUCAGUUUCUGUAUAUUUUUUUUUAAAGACCACACAUUUACUAAUGUUAGUAUGAAGGUAGUAAAUAGCUUACUGAUAUUUUAUGGAUGCAGACAAUCCAUGCACAACCACUUCUUAUGAUAUUAGUUUAAUUCUUUAAAUAUUGCUAAAAAAGGAAGAUGGGAGUAUAAACCCUGAAGUUUUUUCUCCCAAGUAAAAUCUUAAAUGACUACUUUAGAUGAUAUUUGAUUCCUACUGUAAAAUUUGGAAAAUAAUGAAUUCUUGUCCAUUUUUGUAAUCAAGAUUUUAGGAAAAACAGAAGUACAUCUAUCUUUAUGAAAUAUUGGGCAGGUUUUUGUGUAUCAAUAUUUUGUACUUUUUAGGGAAUAUUUUAUUUUUUAGUAAUUUUUGUCAAAUUAUAAUUUUAAAAGGUACAGCAGAGAACAUACCAUGUUUUUAUAUAGGUUCAUACCUGUACUUAGGAGGGACCCUGUCCAUCUAUAUACUUCUUGUAAAAAUUUUAAAGUGUUGAAGAUCCACAAGGUCAUAAUAAAAUGCUUCUAUAGCUAGAAAAACAUUUACCCUUCCCAGUGCUUUGCACUAAAAUAUACUGUGAAAGGAAACUAGAAAGACUGUAACUGUUGCUGGAAAUGUUCUAUAUUGAAUGUACAUGCUCUUGUUGGAAAAAUGUACUAUAUGUGAUGGAAAUAAACCAGACUCAAAAUUAUUUCAGCUAAAUGUGCUUCAACAAAGGUGCAUUGGUUGAAACUUAAAUGUUUUAUCAAAUUUAAAUUUAUUCAGUGACUAUGAGCAGCUACACUUGAAUUAUACCCUAAUAGUUUUAUUUUUAAGGAUUAGAGUGAUAAUUUCUCUUUAAUUUAAAAACAGAUUUACUUUUCCACAUAUGGAAAACUUGUACUUAUAUACCUAACUUUAAUGAUUAAUAUCAUAAUAUAUUUAGGGAACUAAAUGUGUAGGUGGUAUUUCAUUUAUAAACCAUCUUCAUUAGUUGCACAUUAUUAAAUCUGUAUGUUUGACUUUU